GUUUUGAAUAAGUUCAUAUAUUCUAUCAUUGCUGUCUAGACAUCUAUUCAACCUUAUUUUUUAAACAACUCAUUUACAAUUUAUUAAAACUAAGAAAAUAACGGCAAAAAAUUCAAAAACUUUCGCUUCAUUUCCCUCCUUUGCAUCCCAAAGUUUGUUUACAAACAAAGUCCCAACAUCUGAUAUCCCAAAAGUAUUCUUUUUCUUCAGGUUUUAUGUAAAAAGUUUUAUACUCAAAAUUAUUUUUUAGUUCAAUACCAAAAAACUCGUAGUCAAUAUCUAAUAUAGUGAACAUAAUAACCUGGAGGACACAAUAAUUUAGUCAAAUUAAUCAAAUUCAGAUGUCAGAUGAGGAAAUUAAAGUUCAUCCGCUAACAAACAAUGCGACUGAGGCAUGGGAGCAGAUUUCUAAGACACAACGACAGAUCAAAAUACAAUACAAGGCACCAAAGACAGAGAAUGCUGAUCCUAAUAAAGUCCGCGUUGUCUGCAUGAGCGACACCCAUUCCCUCAAUCAUUAUUUUAAAUUCCCAAUACCAAAUGGUGACAUAUUUAUCCAUGCCGGUGACUUUACAGCAUGUGGAAAGCUAGACGAAGUAAUUUCAUUCAACAAUUGGCUGGAAAAUUUACCGCACAAACAUAAACUAGUCAUAGCUGGAAAUCAUGAGCUUUCAUUUGAUCCAGCAUUUAAUGAUCCAUUGACGGCUGAAAAGGGUGUAUCAAGAAGUAAUGGAUUACUUGAUGAGAUUCCGACACUCGGACAUUCAAGAGAGGUGCUGAAAAAAGCAGCAACGACGGAGCAUGUUAGGAAAUAUUUGACAAAUUGUACAUACCUUGAAGACAGUGGCGUAGAACUUUAUGGAAUUAAAUUUUGGGGAACACCGUGGCAACCGGAAUUCUGUCGAUGGGCAUUCAAUCUUCCCAGAGGACAAGAAAUUUUAGAUAAAUGGAAAUUAAUUCCAUCAGAUACUGACAUACUUAUUACACACACUCCCCCUGUUGGAUAUGGCGACAUGACAGCUUCGAAGAUUCGUGCUGGAUGUGUGGAAUUGCUGUCGACAAUUCAAAAGAGAGUCAAGCCAAAAUAUGUCAUUUACGGACACAUUCAUGAAGCUUAUGGAGUCAGAUCUGAUGGACGAAGUGUUUUUAUUAACGCAUCAACUUGUGACAUUAAUUACAAACCUGACAAUUUACCCAUAGUAUUCGAUAUAACAAUCAAAAAACCUUAGAGAUGUAAAUCACUUUUUAUUACAAAGUUUUUUUAAAAACUUUUUUCAAUCUUUUUAAAAUUAUUAUUUAAAUGCUUUAAUUAAACAAAGAUUUUUUUAAAAAAAUUGGAUACUUCUU